AUGGCAUCAAACGGGCACAUUAGAACUUUCCACGUCAUUGGAGAUUUUCAUCCCGAUUCUUUGGUAAAGAGAGUUGUCCGUCUGAUCCCUCGCUCAUUGCCAUACUACGAGAAUACUGGUGAUCAUCGUGCGGAAGAUGAGUCGGACUCUUUGGUACGCGAGUUGAUGAAGAUCAGACCACACAAACCGCUGUUUACUAUUUUAUCUCAGUAUAACAGUGAAAGUAUAACACAAUAUUCCUCGAAAUUACUGGAGUUGUUGUACCUUUUGUUGAAGGAAAAACAAUUGGAUGAUAGUAUAAGAAUAGAGCUUGAAAAUUCAUUGACUAAUUUAAUUUCAUUUAUCCCGUGGGUUCAUCCCGACUCCACAGAAAAAUUGAAGAUUGAUAACGAUGUCAGUUUCAAAAAUAGACAAAGUAUUCCACAACCAAAACACAUGCCAGGUGAUACUAGUCCAACUUAUCCAAAUGGAUACUUGUCAAAGAUUUUGAUUGAUAAUUUUGACGCUUUGACUGAAUUCUCUUCGUCAUACUUCAAUUUAACUUUGAGCACAAUGGUGACAAAAUAUAUUGUGGAGUUGAUAUAUCAAUUGUAUUAUUGGGAGGUGGUUCAUUUGGUUCAUAUAAAUCCCAAGAUUAGUGAUUUUCUUGAAUUGAUUGGAUUUGAGUUAACUCAAACCACAUUUGGACCUAUCAUCAAGCCACCUGCAAAUUACCUUAAUGAUAACCUAUUACAAGGGUUGCAAUACCCAUUUCCCUAUCCAUUUUACAACUAUAGUUACCAUUCUUUUGACACCAAGGUUGAGCAAAAGAAGUUUGAUCGGGUUAAUAUAAAGCCAUACUUGGACAUCACUUUAAAAAACGUUGACGGCAGUUUGAAAAAGAGGAGGAAAAGCUCGGCGAAACAUUCAUUCAGUGAAGAAGCAAUCACGACUGGUGUACGCCAUCUUGAAGGCAUGUCGGAUAGUUGGCUACGAGAAAAUGAGAAUAAUCAACUGGGAGCUACACGUGCUUCAGGAAGUCUCUUUGCCGGUCCCGGCGACAGCAAGCAUGCUAUGAGCCGGUCAUCAAGUGAGGCUGGAAGAGCUUGGAAGAGUAAUCAAGACGAACGCAAACCAAGCCAUAAAUUGGUUGAUCAAGGUUUAGAGUCUCACCCGCCUCAACUCACUGGACUUAAAGCGAGUCCCCCAGCAUCCACUCCAGCAGUACAAUACGGCCCAUUUUUCCCACUGCAGUCACCGUUCCUUAGAAAUCACCUGCAACAUGGAUUGUCUCCUGUUCCAUAUCAACACUAUUCAUUCCAGUCACUUCCACCUCCGACCAGCCAAUCUCCACAACAACCACACCAAAGUCACCAAUUUUCUAAUAGCCCUCUGCUCCCGAUUGGUUCUCGGAACCCAUCACUUGCACAAUCUACAAAGAGUAAUGAAGCUUCACCUACAUUAAGUCAACAGGAGCAGCGUAAAGAGUUUCCAAACAUUACCCCCAUAUCAAAUUAUCCAUCUUCACAGAGUAAUAUUUUGCCAUCAAUUUCGAAACUCACUGACCAACUGGAACGUGGCUUGUCAGAAAGGCUGUUGUAUCUGGGACUGCUACCCGGAGCAUCUUUUCAAAGUACUGGAUUGGGAAUAACAACACCCAUCCAAUCACUGUCUCAGCAACUCCCUCGUUACUCACCACGGUUGGGUGUAGCUCAACAGAAUGAACUGCAUCCUGAGAUCAAGUAUAAUACACCUCAUGAAGAACAUAAAGAGACAAUAUCUCACCCGCCAACUCCUGUUGGCGAAGCAAGAUCACAGCCACCACCAGCGCCACCGCAAUUAGGAAAACUUCGUGCUGACCAUAGUGAUCCUGAACCCUCACUUUCGGAAAAGAAUAAACGAUUUCCUCGUCAUGGAGUUAUCCAUCAGUGUCAUCUAAUUGAUCCCUCCACCAACGCAAAGUGUCUCAAAAUAUUUUAUGGAAAGAAUGAGUUACUGAGACACCAAGAAUUUGUUCAUGCAACAAAGAAAAGGAUAUACAAAUGCUUAUAUUGUGAACGUAGUGGGGCUAGAGUUCAACAAUAUCCACGCCAUGAUUCACUAGCACGGCAUAUUAGAAGAAAACAUGGUAUAACGGGGAGGGAAAACAAAAUGGCUGUUAAUUAUGCUAAAGAGAAUGUUAUAAUUGUUGAUGAUGCUGAAGCAAUAAACAUUCAGUAUGCUCCAGAGGAGCCAUUGAAUAAACUUCAACCUGGCGAAUCCAUCGGUCCUCUGAGGUCACCGGAUUUUCAAGACGAAGAGUCAUAUGCAUACGAAAAGUUCAAAGAAGAAGUGGAUCUGGAUUUGCGUGAAAUGAGGAAAGGUGGUUUUGGGAACCAAAUAGCAGUGCAACCGACAAGCCAAGUACCAAUUUCGAUCCCACUACCCCCAAGAAAUCCACAGGAGUCACAAGAUUUCAAGAAGCCACAGAGACACAUGACACUACUUUAUGAUCAAGGACGUAAAGCUCAUUCACAUACUCACCAACAAUUUCCUGUUGCCGGGAACCCUUCAUUAUACCAUCAUGAAACACUUUCAAACGCGGGGCCAACUAGACAACACGCAGAUGAUAAUUCCAACUCGUCACGUUCGCAAAAUUAUAGCCCUAGUGAUGCAACGAAUCGUCUGUUUUCCAUAUAUAUGGGCCCCAAUUCAGUACCUUCGAGCUAUACUAAAUCAGGCCCGAAUAAGAGUCAGACGUCGCCAUCAUUGAAUGAACCUGGUUCAUCAUCGGCCGGGGCACCAUCACAGAAGCCACCAGCUAUGCAUCAAUUUCAGGGUUCAACUAGCACAGGAAGCAGUGAACAUCAGACACAACAUCGCGCCAGCUAUGAUUCACAACGAUCCAGUGUAAAACUUCCGCUGAUACAUGAUAUAGACAAUGAGAUUGGACAUAUUUAUCGGGAUCGCGGUUGA